AUGCCGUUCGUUAAGGUUCGUCCUGCGUUUGGUAAAAAUACCAUUACAGAUUUCCGAAAUUAUACAAAUUCAAAUAAUGAAGCGACACAAAAGGAAAAAAUAGAUUUGAAACAAUUACAAACUGAAACAACACUUGAUGAUAUAAAAUGUCCGGAGAAAGACUUUUCAAAGACAUCAGAAAGCAUUAUCAGCAUGCAGACAUUAUGGAAGGAGUUUAGAGAAACUACUACUAUGCAUGGUCUAAGACAUGCAAGGAAAGAGAGUAAAUAUCAACUUAGAUGGGUGAUAUGGAUAUUUGCCUUGAUAGGUAUGGGGUCACUUCUUAUAUACACUGUGUAUACAUUGUAUGUAUACUACAGAACCAAUCCUACACUGACCAACAUAAAUAUUAAAUUCGUGAAGGCCAUGCAUUAUCCUGCCGUUACAAUAUGUAACAUGUCACCACUUAAAAGAUCUUCUAUUAACGCUAGUGCGGUAAUGACAACACAUUUGUUACACAGCAGUCGUCUCGGAGUUGUAUUACCACACCUUAACUACUCAUCGCCUGCAUUCGCUGAGUUGAAUGAUCCUGUGUCUGAAGACUGGUUGAACAAAUCAUCUUUUGAUUUAGAGGAUAUGUUCCAUUACUGUGUAAAUGAACGACACCUUGUUCCAUGUAAAGACAUAUUAAUUCCUAAAAUAACACAGUGGGGUAAAUGUUUCACAUUUAAUAAUUAUCAGAAAGUUGCUACGAAUGGAAUAGUAAAGGGUAGCAUGACUGGAUCAACAACGGCUUUAACUUUCUAUAUAGAUGUGAAACAGGAUGAGUAUGUCUUCAAUACAAAUCUGGCUGCUGGGGUGAAAAUCGUCCUACAUGAUCCUGAAGAAGAACCAGACGUUAACAACAAAGGUUUUAUUUUAUCACCAGGAAUGUCGACCUAUGUCUCUAUGAAAAUGACUAAGUACAAAUAUUUGCCUGCCCCGUACAAGGCUGGAGGUGAUCAGUAUUGUGUGGAUGUCCGCUCUGCUGAUUAUGUAAAUACCUUGAAGUAUUACCCAUACUACAGUCGGGCUGGAUGCCUGUUGGAGUGUCGUAGGAACUAUAUUGUAGAGAAAUGUGGAUGCAGAGCGGUUACUGAUCCAGGAAAUGAGACACUUUGCACACCAUCCCAAACAGCAACAUGCUAUUACCAGCAUGAAGUUGAGUUUGAUUCAAGUGGAGAACUGAAAGAGCAAUGUGAAUGUCAGAUAUCAUGCGAGUUUACGACCUUUGACCAGUCAAUUUCGACAGCACUGUUUCCAGCAGACGUGUAUUACCCGCCACUUCAGCAAAUAGGAUAUACAGACAUCAAGAACACAAUCUUGGAGGCAAGAUUAUAUUACGAUUCGCUAAGUUAUUUGUUUGUGGAGUCUAUCCCAGAGUACAACACGGAGGAUAUAGUGGGAAUUUUAGGUGGCCAGAUGGGGAUAUUUCUUGGUGCCAGUUUGCUGACCGUAUCAGAAUUGUUAGAAUUUGUUAUUCUUGCUAUCGUUGUGAUUGUCAGGAAAUGUUGCUGCUCUGCCUUUAAAAAGAAGGAGAAACUUGUUGACCAUGAGCUUACAGCAUACAAUGGAUUUAGAGAAGAAAUAACACAGAAAUAACAUUAUAAGCAGUAAAGAUCUAUGUAUACAAAUUUUAUAAGAUCUUUAAAAAAAGCUUUAAGCCAAAUGAUACACAUAUUUUCACUAUAUUGAAUGUUGUGGGCUUAACAAAGAGGUGCACAAACAAAACCUUUGUUUUCAGUAACUUUAUCCGAUUUGAAUUAUUGAGAUAAGGAUAUACUUCUACACAAGAACAACUUUUAUUUUUCAAACUCCAAAUAAAUAAAGAAGAAAAUUAUUCAACUAUAGAGAUUUCGCCCUUAGUUCAUAAAUGGACGAAUCAGGAAUUCAAACAUUUGCGUUUUUGCAUAUAUAUCUUUUUACUAACCACCUCUUCAUGGUCAAUAUAUAUGUAGUAAAAACGAGCAUCAGAUAUCUACAAGGAUAUUCAGAGAUUCCAUUUCAAUAUGGAUGUCGUUGCAUUGGCUGUAAUUCUUAUUAAUGAAUAAAUAAUGAAUGUUGUAUAUACGUCAAUGAGACAUCAAACCAACGACACGAAAGAAAACAAACAAGACACGCAGAGAUCAACAUACGGUCUUUAACAAAUGACAAAUGUCUAUA